UUGGUUGACACGUUUAAUCAAGAUGGCAACCUUCGUAUGGAUUUGAUAUAAUUUAAAAAGAAUCAGAAACAUAUCUAUUGCUAUUUUUGCAUUUAAAUCGCGGAUAUAAUUACAAGAAAGCUCUUGUAAACUGUGUAUCAGUUAAACGGUGAAGAACACAAAGAAUUGCUACUAAUGCUACUUUACUCUACCAACCCUCAUCUUUUCUCAAACAAGCUUGGGAUCAUCUGGCGGAAUUAAAUUGUAAGGAAGAUUUAUAGAGAUUUUUGUGCAUUUCAGAGCUAUUUUGGUCUUUUUGGCACAUCUUGACAUUUUCAAGAGAGGUUAGUUUAAUAACGCGGUGUGCGACAUAUCUCUCUGCGAGAAUCAAUUCUUAUAAAUAAUGCUAUUCAUGAAUGUUGUUCGUUUCUUUAAACAAGGCGAGAAAUUUAUUUUUUCGAACAGAAUCAGCAUCACAAGUUGCAUCUACUCAAAAGUUCCGAUGUCGAAUUCCGCCAAAACAAAUAAACCAAAAGUCUUGAUUACACGGCCUGAUAUACCUGUUGCGCCUUUACAGCUGUUACGUGAACGAUACGACAUCAUAUUAUGGGAAAAACAAGAACCAAUACCGCGGUCAGAAUUGUUAUCCAGAAUCUGUGGAGCAGAUGCUCUCUAUUGUAUGUUAACAGAUAGAAUAGACAAUGAAGUUCUAGAAGCUGCAGGCCCACAAUUAAAAGUUGUAGCAUCUAUGUCAGUAGGUGUGGAUCACUUAGAUUUAAAUGCUCUUAAGAAGAGAGGUAUUAGAAUUGGUUACACACCAGAUGUUCUGACUGAGGCUACUGCAGAACUAUUAGUAGGUCUUUUGUUAACUACAUCAAGGAAUUUAUUGCAAGCAAAUAAAGCGAUUGACAAAGGAGAAUGGAAAGCCUGGUCGCCUGGAUGGAUGUGUGGCACAGGUUUAGUGGGAAAGACUGUGGGAAUUGUUGGCUUAGGAAGAAUUGGCUUUAGAGUGGCAGAGAUACUCAAAAGCUUCAAUGUUGCUAAGAUAUUAUAUACCAGUAGAAGAGUGAAACCAGAAGCAUCUAAAUUUAAUGGUGAAAAAGUUGAAUUUAAUAAAUUAUUGGAAGAUAGCGAUUUUGUUUUAGUUACUGUGGCACUGACAUCAGAAACAAAAUAUAUGUUUAAUACUGAGGCCUUCAAACGAAUGAAACAGACUGCUAUAUUUGUGAAUGGUAGUCGAGGAGAUGUGGUAGAUCAAGAAGCAUUGAUAACUGCUUUAAAAACCAGCUCUAUUGCAGCAGCUGGUCUGGAUGUUAUGACACCAGAACCAAUUCCACUAGAUAGUGAACUUUUAAGAUUAGAUAAUUGUGUUAUUCUACCUCAUAUAGGAAGUGCCACCAAAGAAACUAGAGAGCAAAUGGCCAAAAUCACAGCAGAAAAUAUUAUAGCAGUUCUUGAAGGAACACCUGAAAAUAUGCCUGCACAAAUUAAAUCAUAGUCACGUACAAUUGGAACUUGAA